CUGGUGGUUAGGUCUGUGGUUUGUUAGGGAUCGUGAUGUGUUGUUGAAUUAAAAAUAGUGAAACUUGAUAUAUUUUCCAGCAAAAAUGAAUUCAGCUGCUAAUAGAAUGGAUGCCAAUCUAACCAGUAUGUGGGUGAGCUUCUUCACCACAGCUGGUAUACCAUCAGACGUCGCAGCCACAUACGCCCUAACCUUCACAGAGAAUCGUAUCCAGAACGACAUGCUGCUUGACUUGAACAAAGAGUAUCUACGGGACAUGGGCAUCAGUCGUAUGGGAGACGUUAUUGCUAUUUUACGGCAUGCGAAGCAAGUGCACGAGAGUACAGCGCGGGACCGCGUGCUGAGCACCACAGUGAUCAGCAACAAGGUGCCAGUAGCUGCUGUCACCGGCCGCGCCACCGUCGCGCAGCCCUCCUCACCGGCGAGUCGCAUUCUGGAGCACUACACGAGGAACGUAGCGUCGAAGGAGAGCUCGCCAGUGCAGGCACAGAAGAGGAAAUCCAAUGAAAUGCAGUCUCAUACUGUAGAUUUGAAUAUAAAGAAAGCUCGGCUCAUCAGAUUUGGAACGCCACCAAAGGCGACUGUUAAAGAAGCGGCAGUAAGCAAGCAGACAGUGUUUGCUCGCCUCGGCAACUCGGAGCCGGUGGCGGCCAUCGCUACAGUCAAGACAACCACUAUCAAAACCGACGCCAAACCCAUCUUCGCACGCCUCGGCUCAAAAACCGACGACCCAGUCCCCGUGCAGAAAGACGCCCUCAAAUACGAAGGCAUACUUAAAAGCACGCCGUCUUUCAAAACAGUAACCGUUACUACCACGAAGAAUAAUGUCAGGAAAAUAGCCUGCACUAUGAGAGCGGACGAAGCACCGCUGUCUGCGAAGGAGAAACUAGCCGUACCCAAAGCUACGAGCAAGUCUGUCAAGUUCUCAAAUACGGUGCAGUAUAAGGAAAUUGAAGCGGUCAAGAAAGCGGCCACUGUGAAGCCAAAAUUGACACCAGUGUUCAACAAGCCAGAGAGAAGAUUAUCUAUGCCCGAAGGUAGCGUCAAAGCUAGGUUAGGAAUGAAAGCUAAUACCAAUAAUUUAACUAUUACUAAAAACGUUUUUAACAGGUUAGGAGUCUAGUUAUCUAGUAUGAAUGGAGUAUGUUACAAUUCAAGUUUUAUUUGUGAAAGACGAUGAUUGAAUGACGUAGUGUUAUAAUUGUUUGAUGAAGGAAUUUGAAUCUGUGUAGGAAGAUCGAUAUGUAAUUUUAUUAUUUUCUAUAAUGUCGCGGUGUGCGUUUUCAUACAAAUUCCAUUGCAAUUUAUUGUUUUGACGUUCAGUAACAAGUAACUCAUUUGACUAAAUGGAAACUAUCCAAAAAACAAAGUUUUAAUUUUAGGUGCAUUUUAGCGAUGAAUAUAGCCGCGAGCUUGUCGUUUAUUCUGGGUAUUAAGUCUUAACCUUUUAUUGGCUCCGAUUCCUGUAGACACCUCCUAAUUUUAAGUUAUACCCGUCAUUUUCUUAUCCGCCGAAAAGGAAUGGGACGGAUGAUUGUCAACAAGUUUUAAAAUGAAUGAAUAACCCGUGCGAAUAAAAUAGGCAUCUCGCUGGUAUGCAAUCCGUUUGACGUGCUGUCUACUUAAUUCUGUCGGGUUAUUGGCCGACGUAAAAUUUUUAGACGGUUGUUUUAGAUUUCUGCUUUGACGUGUAUUCCAUAAAUUUUAUGCCUGUCGAUUACCCGUCCCUUUCUUUUUCAACGGAUAAGAAAAUGACAGGUAUAACUUAAAGUAAUGGCGUCUGCAGGAAUUAGCACCAAUGUGUAAUGUGCCAGUUUUUCUUUGCAAAGUACCCUUAUUUAUUUAAGUAGGUACCUACCCUUAUUUUAUUUAUGUCUCUAUUGACUGAAUUACUUUUGCUCUGUAUAUUUGUAGCCCUUAAAUCUAUUAUGUCAAAUAACUUUUUAAUGUAGACUAUAUUACGCAUGGUACAACAAAACAAGGUAUGCUCGAAAGUGACAGCUAACAUUUCAAGGUCAUCUAACCCUCUGUUGCCAUUUUGUAAAAAAUAAAUUAGAUAGAUAGAUAGAUAAAAUACUUUAUUGAGCACAAUGGACACAAAAUACAGAGAUAAGGACAACAUAUACAGAAAAGCACAACAGGCGGCCUUAUUGCUCAUGCAGCAAUUUCUUCCAGGCAACCUUACCCACGACUAAUGUUUUUAAUUCACCGUGCAGGGAAAUUUUGAACUUUUAGUAAAAGAUUUACGUACAGUUUUAAUGAUUUUUUUUGUAUGUGACAAGUGAUAGUAAUAAAAUACGUUAGUCAGUAAUUCGCUUAAUUUUCAAUAAUAAAAUAUAAAUCCUUGGAAUGUUGGAGAUACCAAUUUAACGUAACACUUACGUCAUGAAAUGGUUAACAAUGGCGGCUUUUCCUAACAUUGAAUAUACCUUGUUUUGUUGUACAUACCUACGUAUGAAUUUAUUAUAUUGAGAACUCAAUGAAGUUCUUAAAAGUAACGACACACUAAAGUCAAAGAAAUAAAGAUUUAUUUUAUUAAGAUAUAUAUUUUAUCGUCAUUACCACGUGAUAUUCGUGCAUAAUAGCAUAAAGCGCAUAAUUUUAAAAUUCGAUUCGCUGGCUUCGCUGCAUUAGGCGUCGCAUGUGCCAUGCCACAGCUGGGUGGAUUUUCGAACGCCGGCAGUCGAUAUAAUUACCAUUUACGCAAGAAUAUCCUAGAAUCUUCGUUUUUUUGCAAAUAUCCAGUUAGAACUUAUGUCGCGUUGGAAAUCAAGAAAUCGUGUUACUAUUUCUCAUAUAUCGCGCGACGCGGUAAAUGUUAAAUUGGUCAAAGAUAAAUUAUUUAUUUAUUUACACACAAUCAUUUCACUGCAAGUCAUACACCAAAACGAACAAAAAAGACAAAAUUAGACAACACAAUUACAGGUAACUUAAAAAUACAGUACAACAUUCAAUAAAACAUUUAAAAGUAGUAAAAAUAUAUCCACUUCUGGGUAUUAAGCAAGCAAAGAGUUAAGUUAUGAAAUGUUAAUUACUAAAUGACUACAAUAAGUUGGACAAUUUAUCACGUUUUUCUUUGAAGUCACGGUGUACGUUUCCCUAUAAAUACCCAUUGAUGUAUAUUUUAUGUUACUGUUGUAACCUCAGCAAACACCAUAGUAAUUUCUUAUUUACUACACAAUACAUGAAGUAACUGGUUUGACACAAUGAAAACUAUCCAAUUGGUUUAUUUAUCUCAUAGCCAUUAGCGUUGGUUCAUGUGUCGCGUCACGCGUUAUAUGUGGGCAGCAUGUUACGGCUACUGAUGCACUGGGGUCCUAGAACCAUGACGAAAAUAGAGAAAAAUAAAGAUUUCACUAUGGCUUGUCAAUUUGCGAAAUGUCUCUGAAUUAGUAAGAGUAUUGUUUACCAGACCGUGUAGAAAAAAAGCAAGGUAUCCCUUAGAUAACGCGGCGAUUAUUCUCUCAUGCAUAAAAUAUCGUAAAUCUAUUUUACCACUUUUUUCAAUUAUGUAUAUUCGUAAUUUUGCACAAGGCUCUGCCCACCCCGAUAGGGACAGGAGCGUUAUAUAUCUUUGAAAGAAUGACAAAAAGUAUAUCAAAUGUAAAGCUGUUCGUAUAGGCCUACUUACAAAGGAAAGUAGAGUUAAAAAAAUGGAUGAGCUGUAAGAAUGAGAUCUUGUUACAUUUUUCGUCUUCAUGAGUACGUUUCUGUAUAAUUUUGUGUUUUAAGCGUUGUUUUAUUUCCUAACAAGUUUUAAUACUAGACUUAAACAGGUUCUGAUUCCACCAAACACAUCCUAAUUUUAUUUAAACCUGUAUUCCAUUAAUCUUUGGCCUAUCUAUUACCCGUCCCUUUCCUUUUCGCCGGAUAAGAAAAAGAUAAGUAUAAUAACUUAAAAUGAAAUUAGGUGACUGCUGGAAUCAGGAUACAUACAUACAUACACUAGGUAUUUAAACUCGUGAAUGAUGUGAUUAACUGAUUACUGAUAGAACUAUUUAUAUUGUCUAUUUAUUAAUUAAGGUAACAUGUUUUAUAUCUGAUGAGAAGUACAGAAUCUAGCGCCUGCGACACGGGUGCCGUGCCGCGCGCGGCGCGAAUUAUAUUAAGCGCCCGAUAGCCGUACGACGGUUUUCCACGUAGAUAGCAUUAGCGUCUAUUUGUCAAGCCCUCGAAGUAUAAUUCACGCCAUUCGUGCUGACGGGUUAGCUAAGUUCCUCUAACGUUUCGAUAGCGCGGAACGAUAAAGUAGGCGUAGGUAUAUAACCGAAUCAAAUGAACACAUUACGUCAAGGUCGAUGUUUAUCUGAAAGAUGUCCCGAUUCGCGCGAGUGACAGCGCUUAGAAUCGCAAUCGAAACACCUUGGAACUUGGUUAACCCCAUAUUUUAUCUAAUGUUUAAGUUUGGAGCAAAUCAAAUCAGUACAUGUAGCUAUUAUCGCGCGCGAUGCUGUAAAUAAGUAAACCAAUACUAUGGGCUAUACGCCAAAUACGUAAGUCAAUUGUAUUUUUAAUUGCGUAAUCGUGUCGCGCGCGAUAUGUAUGUGGGUAGCAUGCUACUGGUGUUGGAGUUUUGUCGUGUUUAUUUUAUAUAAAAUUGUGUAAGUAUAAUUAAAAAUAAUAAAGUUGUAAUUUUUUUAU